CGAACGACUUACGGUGACACGAAGUCAAGACUCGAUGCUGUAUUCGUUCCUUUCUAAUCCAGCUAACCGUACUUUUUUCAGACAUUCUCUCAACGUGUAGUGUGGUCCGCGCCACGUUCCCGCCGGCGAGACACACCGACAUGGUGGCUCGGAAGUUCAUCGUUAGCCACAACGACUCCGACUUCCACGUUGACUACGACACCGACGACGGCUUCGAAGUUUUCAAAUUCCAGCUCUUCUCUCUCACCAAUAUUCCUCCCGAUGAACAGAAGAUCAUCGGAGGAGAUGGUGAUCGGGCGGUGUCGGAUGACUCCGAUCUCAUCACAAUUUCGGAGAAGCUUCUUUUGGUAUCUCUCAGCGAAGAGGGGGAGGAGAAAUUGGGGAAUUCUGGUGUGACUUGCAGCUCUGGUAUAGCGCAAUCCGAUGAGGAAUUGGCUCGGAUGUUACAGGCAGAAGAGGAGGCACUGAUGUUUCAGCAAUAUAUUGCCUAUGAUAAUGGGGCCGAAAUGAAGAGGAAAAUACGGCCUUAUGUGGAGCAGGUUCUCAUGUAUGAAGAUCCAAAGCGCCAGGAGGCAGCUAGGAAAACAGUUCCUGUGCUUGAGCUUGAGGAGAAAGCAUUGGUUUCUUUAGCUAAGGAGGGGAACUUCAAACCAUCAAAAACAGAACAAGAUCAUGCUUUCCUGCUGCAGCUGCUUUUCUGGUUCAAACAAUCUUUCAGGUGGGUCGAUGCACCUCCUUGUGAUAGUUGCGGCAACCAAACCAUAAGUUAUGGCAUGGGUAGCCCACUUCCUUCAGAAGCUCUUUUUGGAGGUUCUCGAGUUGAACUUUAUCGGUGCAACUCCUGCUCAACAAUCACUCGGUUCCCACGCUACAAUGAUCCAUUAAAGCUUGUGGAAACAAGAAAGGGGCGCUGUGGGGAGUGGGCAAAUUGCUUUACACUCUAUUGUCGAGCUUUUGGUUAUGAAUCUCGCCUGAUUCUGGAUUUCACAGAUCACGUUUGGACGGAAUGCUUCUCACAUUGUUUUGGAAGAUGGAUGCAUCUUGAUCCUUGUGAAGCAAUAUUUGACAAUCCAUUGUUAUAUGAAAAGGGCUGGAACAAGAAAUUGAAUUAUAUAAUUGCUAUCGCAAAAGAUGGAGUUUAUGAUGUCACUAAACGCUACACAAGAAAGUGGCAUGAGGUUUUGUCCAGGCGAAAUAUUACUACAGAGGCUGAACUCUCUGCUGUUCUUGCUAUUAUAACAAAGGACUGUAGAAAAGGUUUUACAUCUCAAGUGCUUUCUACACUUGAGGAGCGUGAUAGGAAUGAAAUGGAAGCAAUUGAGAGAGAGUACCAUUCUAAAGAUUAUGCUUCAACCUUGUUACCUGGAAGACAGAGUGGGGACAAAGAGUGGAGGAUUUCAAGAUCAGAAUUUGGUUCUGAUGACAAUUCCUCUUUGAGUAGUUCUUCUUGCCCAGUUCGUAUGUGCAUUGAUGAGCAUGUGACAAGAGUUUACAAUGCACUUUAUCCUGUCCUUUAUUCAUUCAUUUUGAACUCUCUUUCUAAAUCUAGAGCUGUUGAAAUCCUCAAGAUGUUCAAAAGGAUUGUUGUGGAGCUCAGGGAUUCCCCUUUUCGAAUGAGGAAAACUUCCAUAAAGUCAGAUUCUAGUAGUGGAAAAUUUUUCGUGGAUCAGAUGCUGCCCUCUUUUGGUGAGUUGCUUGAAGCUCUUAGCCUGAAGAGUGAGUUGGGAACAGAUGGGAGGGUUGAAAUUUGUUUGGCUGGUGAUCCUGUUAAAACCUCGUUAGCGUUGCCUGUUGUGUUGGAUGGGUUAGAUGAUGCGAUCCACAAUUUUAGCAACUGUGAGAACUUUGGUAAAGAUUCCCUCUCAUUGCCACUUGUGAAGUUAAACAGAAUAUGUUCUGGUUUUGUCCUUGCAAGUGGCGAGGAGCUUCCUUUUGGAAUUGCCACAUCCGCAUUUGAUGGAAUUCAAAAGUCUAAAUGGGAAGAACCAAAUGGUGCAAGAGGUUGUUGGAUUAUAUACAAAGUAAACAAUAAGAUGCAAGAACUUGUGGCAUAUGAGUUGAUGUCAGCUAAUGAUGCUCCAGAGAGAGAUCCAAUGGAUUGGGUUGUCGAGGGAAGCAAUGAUGGGGGAUCCAGCUGGCGUGUUUUAGAUGAGCAGUUCUCUCAGAGGUUUGAAACCCGUUUCCAGCGUAAAACAUUUAAGAUUAAUUCAGUGGGUCUUUCAUCCAAUGCAUUCAGGUUCAGGUUUCUGAAGGUACGAGAUGUUGAAGCAACUUCUCGUCUGCAACUAGGUAGCAUUGACCUCUAUGCAAGAAGCAGUUAAGAGCCUGCAGUUGAGAUUGGGAGCCAGGGUGCUUUGUCAUUUCGUUGGGAAAGUCAUAAACGUUCCAUAGAGCGACUAAAGAAAAAGUUAUGAAUGGUUAUUAUAAUUCAUCUGCCUGCAUUAAUUAUAUUUGUGCGGCCAAAGGAAAAGGGUCUGGUCCCACAAUCUGGAGUUUCAGUAGAGGCCAUGUUGCUUCUUGAUCAUAUUUCUUGAAAGGUUCAGAAAGCAAAAGCAAAAGAGAACUGGAAGAAUAAUUAGUCAUACUUAAUUUUCAAUUGAUAUCUCAAUAUCUCAAACUACUUUGGUUGUUGAUCGUCACGAUCAUUCGUUCAGAUUUUCAAAGCUGUAUCAUGUUCGAUGUGGGACCUGGAAUGUGCCUCAAAAAUGGCGUCCUGAGAGUGUAAAUUGAAUUGUCAUUUCUAUGCAAUACCGCUUCUGCAAUGAUGUAAGCUUCGAUAUACAGGUUGCAGCUUCUGAAGUGAACAACUGGACUACUAGCAUAUAGUGCAAGGAAAAGCUUUUUACCCUUUAUGUUCCAAA